GUGACAGAGCUGUAAAUUACAGCUAUGGAUAUACAAAAGAAGCAGCUGUGCCCCCGCUUGGUGGAUUAUCUCGCCAUCGUGGGGGCCAGAUUGCCCCCAGUCUCUCGCCAGCCUGUGCAGGCUCCAGAAUUAUUGAGAAGAUAUCCGGUGGAAGAUCACAAAGAUUUUCGACUACCAUUGGAUAUGGUUUAUUUCUGCCAGCCCGAGGGCUGCACCAGUGUCGGCCCUAAACGCACAGCCUUACGAGAGGCCACUUCCUUCACCUUCACUCUUACUGAUAAAGAUUCUGGCAAAACACGUUAUGGUAUCUGCGUGAAUUUCUAUCGACCAGUAGAAAGGAUUGGAGCUGCAGUUGGAAGUGGAGUGUCCGUGAAAAGGGACAAGUACAAUACAACGUUUCGCAGAGAGAGCUGGAGGAAAAGUAUGGAGAAGAGCACGGACUCUGCAUUUUCUAGCGACUAUAGGAGCAGUGCAGUAGGACCUAGCGACUCUGAGAAAGAUUGUCCGAGCAGCAGAAGGGACUCUGACACGUCUCAUGCAAUUAGCGCACCAAGAUUAGGUAUCACUGCACCGAGCGGGGACAGCGAAAGCGGCGGCAGCCAUUCGCCGUCUCCGCGGGCUUCACGCAGACGACAGAGGAUACGAAAUCAUUCCCUAACGUCGCUAUGCAUCAUCUCACACCACCCCUUCUUUUCGAUGUUCCGGGAAUGUCUUUUCGUUUUGAAGAAGAUCAUCGACGCGUGCAACGAAAGUUAUUCGCCGCAAAAAGUGGGCGCUUCCAGGCAAACGAACAGAGACACGGUAUGGAGUGUCUUAACGGGACAAACGCUCGAAGGAACGCCGUCAAUAGUUCUUCACGAUGUAAGAGAAAUCGAGACCUGGAUAUUACGAUUGUUGAGCAGCCCGGUACCAGUUCCAACAAAGACACGCGUCGAGGUCGAAAUCGUGUCUCAAAGUAUGCAGCCACCACUCUGUUUUGCAUUCCCAGACCACACUAGAUUUUCUCUCGUUGAUUUCCCUCUGCAUCUACCCCUGGAACUUCUUGGCGUUGACAUAUGCUUGAAGGUCCUCACGUUGAUUCUCUUGGAGCACAAGAUCGUGUUGCAAUCCCGCGACUACAAUGCCCUGUCGAUGUCCGUAAUGGCGUUCGUUACAAUGAUCUAUCCUCUGGAGUAUAUGUUCCCCGCGAUACCGUUGUUACCCACGUGCAUGUGCUGCGCGGAACAAUUGUUGCUUGCACCUACACCAUUUGUUAUCGGAAUACCCGCUAGUUUUUUAUUGUACAAAACGAACUUCAAAAUGCCCGAUGACAUUUGGCUAGUGGAUCUAGACAGCAAUAAGAUAAACCCACCUACCGGUGCGGGUGAUCAAUUGCCUCCGUUGCCCGAGCCAGAAGGCACCAUACUAAAGAAUCACCUGAAACAGGCAAUGCAACUGAUGGACCAAGCCGGCUCUGGUGUAAAUAUUUCAAUGAUCACUUCUUUGCAUGUUGUUUCGUCGAUGAAGCACAGACCAAGCAUCGAUCACCAUGCGCAACCCCAUUCAACGAGUUCCUCGACCCCGAGUUCAGCCUCUGGACAACGUCGACAGUCCGUGUCUCAGUCGUCGGGUUCCUCGUCACCUCAAAAACCGACGUCCUCGCAAAGCAUGCCUCCUUUCAACCCUUUCAUCUAUGGAAACGAUGUAGACUCGGUGGACAUCGCCACCAGAGUAGCUAUGGUGCGUUUCUUUAAUUCGCAGAACCUGCUAGCGAAUUUUACCGAGCACACAAGGACUCUGAGGCUGUACCCAAGACCAGUGGUGGCCUUCCAAAUUAACUCGUUCCUCCGAUCGAGACCACGUGCCAGUCAUUUCUUAAACAAGUUUGCCAGAACACAGGCGGUGGAAUUUCUGGCGGAAUGGUCCUUGACACCUAGCAACGUGGCGUUCCUCAGGGUACAAACUGGAGUGUUUGAUCCUGCUCAAAUUGGAGACAAACCAAAGUGGUACGCUUCGAGCUUAGAACCUAUCUAUUUUCCUGUCUGGGAUUCCGGGAGUUCGUUGGCGAACGCGUUGAAGGCGAUGAAGGAACACGAGAGUCAGCCAACAGAUGAAAGUGGAUCGGAUUCUGAAGGUGCUGAGAGCACCAGCUCUUCGUAUUCUUCCUUGAGCGAUUUUGUCUCUGAAAUGGUGUCGUCGGACUUGUCACCCAGUUACAAUCAUACCGCACAAGUGGCUCAGCCUCGAAUGUCUCUGUCAGUGGAUCCAAAGAACGUCUAUAAUCCACCAAGUUCUUUGCAAUAUCCUGGAAUGGAAGAGGAAGCAACAACGAGGCCGGAAAGUCCACCGAGUACUUCCUCCAGUCACAGUGAUCUGAGCAGCCCUAGUAUGAACAGAGAUUCAGAAUUUGAAUUAAACCCACAAGCUCAAGAAGGUUCACAGUCGACCAAUGAUAAAGAGGAAGGUGGUAGCUUUGAGUCAGACUCUGCAUCAACAAUAACACCACGCACAAUCCUGAGCGCACAAAGUUCUAUAGGACAAUUUGGAGUUGGCACGGGAUUAAAAGCCACUCCAACAACGAUCAGCGACACUGAACGUCCUACCAGUUCCCACAGGACUUCACGUGUCAGUAGAUAUGUCGUUCCUAUCCAACCAAGCGGAGCAGUUCUUCAGCGUCAUCCAAGUGUUGGAAAUGUUCUGGCUAGAGCAUCAAGCUUCAGUACAGGUACAGGACCCCUUCUGCCAAGGCAAAUGAACAGCAACAACAGUGAGAAUGGGUCACCUACGGUUCCCCGACAAUUCUCAUUGGGUACUGUUGCUCAGAAACCAGUUACAGAAGGUCAAAAACAGGGCAGCCCUACCAUGACUGGAAAUGGUGUCCUACGGCAAGGAUCACAGGGAUCCUUGUUUGAACAAAUUGCAACUCAAGCCAAAGAUCUUGUUCGAGAAACAACCAGGCAGAGCAGUCAAGAUGGUCUCCUUGCCCAAAUGGAUAAGCUGAAACAUCAGGCAAAGGAGAAGAUUACAGAAGCUGGAGAAGAUAGUGGUCUGUUUGCACCGCUGGAACAAUUUACACAGCAGACAAAGAAGGCAGUAGGAGAGGCCACAAAAUCAGUACAAGAAGCAUCAAAGACUGCUUUGGAAGCGAGUAAAACUGCAGCUGGAGUUAGCAAAAAUACUUUUGAUGAUUUGACAUACGUUGGUAAAAGCACUUUUGGGGAUUUGACAAAAAGUGCCAAAGAAGUAGCUGCAAAGAAGGGUUUACUCAAGGGUCUUGGUGAUACGCAGCAGUCACCUCCACCAUCUCCUGGACUAGUGCAAAGAAGGGACUCGAUCAGUACCCAAUUGGUUGCAUCAGAUAAUCGCGGAGGGCGCAGGGAUAUCGGACGUGAUUUUUUCAGCAAUAUUAGUAGUGAUUUAAAUGGUAUCGCUGCUCAAACAAGCAGCAUGUUUAGUGAUCUAUUUGGGAGUAAAAAUAAUUCUAAUCGAAAUGCCGGUCUCCACCCUCAGUCGCAGAAAUCGGACAAAAAGACACCGAUGCUUGGACCAUUCCCUAAAAGUAAAACAGGAUUAGUUGAACGUUCGUCAUUGAUCAAACAUUCGACGAACAAAAACGCUCAAGAAGAGCUUCAAAGGAUGCAGAAUGCUGAGCGAUCCAAUGUAAAUAGCGACAAUCAAGCCUUCCUAACCGAUGUGGUAAAUCAAAUUUUGACCGGAGAAGGUGUUGGUUGGCUGAAGUUGAACAGAUUAAAGAAACUUAUGGAAGAUGAAAGUUAUCGAGACUUUGUUGUUUCGAAACUUAACAAAGGUUUGAACAAGAAAAUCAGCCCUGAUGAUCAUAUCGAUGAUGUGUGCAUUUCGAAACCUGUAUACAAGGGAAUGUUAAAGUGCCUUCAAGCAGUGGCUCAUGGUCUUGGACACACGUACAAUAACUUUGGACUUGGUGGAAUGGCGUCAGUUUUCCAAUUAAUGGAGAUCGCACAUACUCACUAUUGGAGCAAGGAUCUCUCUGAAGGAGGUUUUGAUAGUUCGUUAAUGUCUCAAACAUCUAGUCCAUUUGGCAGCAGAGAAAACUUGAAGUCACCACAGUCACCAUCUCAACCUGAAUUCGCUGAAACCCAAAAAUCAGGUAGAUAAUUGAAAUAUACAAUCGUUAGAAAACAAGUACUUUUUAAUGAGUGUUUUAUCACAGACCCGCCACAAGUUCAUUUGGAAAUGCCACAUGGACACACAUCACCAGCGAACGAGGGGAGUCAAUCGACGACAGACAUGUUCCUUGAUAUGUUCACUAAAAAAGGGAAGUUCCUCAGCAGGCUAACGUCGUUUGAUUCUGAGAGUGGGCGGGGAGGUGGAACAGGAAGCAGCGAAGCUUUAUCCACAGACGGAGGUAGCAUUAUCACUAAUCCUGCUUUUCGGCAAGCGCACCAAGCUUCUUUCCGAAGCACUGUCUCUGAUAGCGAGGUCGAACAAGGAAAUUUUCCACGUCAACCUAAGCAGCGUACAGGAAGUGUUUGGUCCAGCAAAUCAUCCUUGAGUACUGGUUUCCGGUAUCACGGGGGAAGUCUAGUACCCACCACAACUGCACCCAGUCCAGAAGCAGCGCGCACCUAUUUAUUUGAAGGCUUGUUAGGGAAAGAACGAUCCACGCUUUGGGACCAGAUGCAAUUUUGGGAAGACGCGUUUCUGGACGCGGUCUCCCAAGAAAGAGACAUGAUCGGCAUGGAUCAGGGUCCUGGAGAAAUGAUGGAGAGGUACAAGAACCUGAGCGAGACUGAAAAGAAACGCUUAGAGCACGACGAGGAUAGAUUACUGUGCACUCUGCUGCACAAUUUAACAGCAAUCCUGGUGAUGUUGAACGUCGACAAGAACCAGGUAAAGCGCAAAGUGAGAAGACUGCUUGGGAAGAGCCACAUCGGGUUGAUCUACAGCCAGGAACUCAAUCAACUUCUCGACCAAAUACAUAAUCUUUACGGGAACGAUAUAGAUUUGAAGCCUCUUACGUCCCGACAAAUGCAUCGCCAGUCGUUCACCGUGCACGCCGGUGUCGAUGCAGAAGGUGAUCUCCGUUUCCUCGAGGUCCGCCAUGAUGGUCUCGUGUUGAGGUCAGUAAAUGGUGUGAUCGUGGAACGAUGGUGGUACGAACGCUUGGUGAACAUGACGUACAGUCCAAAGAACAAAGUCUUGUGCCUUUGGCGACGGAACGGCGGGCAAACGCAGCUACAUAAGUAUUACACUAAAAAGUGCAAGGACCUAUAUUAUUGUAUAAAAGAUGCAAUGGAAAAGGCUGCAGCCCGUGGUCGUGGUGCAAAUGUGGGAGUCGAGCUUGGCGGUGAAUUUCCAGUUCAAGACAUGCGCACCGGUGAGGGUGGACUUCUGCAGGUUUGCAUGGAGGGCGUGGGUCUCCUCUUCGCGAAUAGCAAGUUUUUUGUAAGACUCGAUCAUAUCCGCAAGUGCUUUACUCAGAAGGAUGGGAUCUUUGUAUUGGAAGAAUUCAAUCCUAAAACUAGACAAGUAAUUCAACGUAAAUAUAAGUCUCAAAUGGCAGAUCAAAUCUGCUACUCCGUACUCUGUGUGUUCUCUUACUUGGCUGCUGGCUUGGAGCAACGUAAGCCACAACCAACUCAGCAACCACAACAGCAACAGCAGCAGCAACAGCAACAACAACAACAAUCGCAAUCGCACCAUCAGUAUCAACCCCAACAGCAACCACAACUACAACGUCAACAAUCACAACAGAAACAGCAGCAACGUGCACAACCACAACAGCAACGUCAACAACAACAGCAGCAGCAACAACAACAACAGCAACAACAACAACGUCAACAACAUCAAACUCAGGCUCAACAACAUUCAGGUAGCAAUGUAACACAAAGUACACAGGGUCAAAAAAGCACCCAUUUCGAUUCCUAUCCAAAGCAUCACUGACACAGAGGUAGACACUCGCUCCCAUUUGUGCAUAAUUACAAUAAAUGUGCCCCCUAUGCUUGCCUACCUUGGGUGUAAAAGCAUUCCUAAACUCUCUAUCAAAAUGUUGGCAAACAUAAUAUGAUCUGUUGCAAAUUUUUUUGUAAUUAUAUAGAACAGGGUAAAUCUCGCUGAUUUCAAUGACCCUAUAAAGGUCAAUGGCUUGAAUAAUUGUACACGUACAAUAGUGAAAAUUACUCAGGAAACCCUGUUCUGUAUAAUAUUCGUUUUUUCUCAAAAAGAGUAGUUGCAUGCGCCAACACAAUACGAAUCUCAUUUUCUCGUAUCAUUUCCAAAGAGUCAGCUUUCGCUCUACUCUAAAUGUGAAACCUAUUCAUUAAUCUAUUCGAGAAUGAAAGAAAGAAAAGAGAGGUUGAAAUUGACGCGUUAAAUCGGGCAAAAUUUGGUCUUAAACAAUUUUGAAUUAAGAAACGGUGAAAAUUCAUGGUAAAUUGAAAUCGGUAACGAAAGAGACACAAUAGUGGUAAUUAUUUGCAAAGCGGGAGCCGUCACGUGUACAAAAUAAACCAAAGAAGAGAAGAAAGAGAGGGAAUUAAAUUUCAAACGUUCGAUACGAACAGUACGAUGAUGAUAAUAAUGGCAAUGUAAUAAUGUAAUUCGUUAGAAAUUAUUAUUGUACAUUUAGGAUUCGAAUGAUGGUCCGAAUAAAAGCGUAUUAGACGUGUUUUAAAAAUCUUCUAUCUGGAUCGUCGCGUAAGUUUCUCUAGAGGUUUCAUUCUUUGAUAUGUCCGUUGUGUACACGUGUAGUAACAUGAAGUAAUAACUCAAAUUCAUAGUAAUUAUGUAAAAUAUAGUUCAAUCCAUUGAUUGUAACUUCCUUGAUUGUGAAGAUUACAUCCUAAAUAAUUUCAUGUAUGUACUACUCAGGUGUAAUAUAAAAGAUUAUCUCUUGAGACAUUUUAGGAUCUUCCUAGAUUCUCAGGUUCCUAACAUAGGAAGUCUAUAUUGCACCUGAGUGAUAAAUCGAGAGGUCCAUUUCUUCAGUAAUAUAUACAUGAAAUUACUUAGAGAUUGUCUUUCAAUAUCGAAGAAUCAAUACAAAGCUUAUUUUAUACAAUUACCAUGAAUUUUUCAUUAUUCGUGAGAAUUUUAUCGUCGUGUUAGCCCGUUGCUUUCCUCGGUGGUCUCUCGAAUGAUAUUCGAACGGAAUUGGUGAUCGCGUAGAUCCGGGUCUAUUUCGUCUGAAGGUGUUUUCUAUGAAAUAGCACGUAAAGCAAUUCUGAGAUACAAUAAAAAGAAUUAAAUAUAGCUAUUCAUAAUCGGAGGAACAAUUUUGUAUAAAUACAUCGAAACAGACUGUAACUGUGAUCAUCUAAUUUGAUGGAGAAUAGAAAGCUAUUUAAUUUCGUAUGGCCGUAUGGAGUGUAGCUGAAGAUAUAUCGAGUAGAAUCAAUAAUAAAUACGACCCCUCAUUCUUUACAUUCAUUUUGAAUCGUUAAGUAUUGUUGUUGCGAAAGCUGUUAGUUUAAUAUUUCAUUCAAUCUGUCAUAAUUUACCCUAAAAUCUGAAAGAUUUUACAGGGGGAAAUAGCGUUUCAUCAAGUUUAAUUAUCGUUUCAAAUCGUCAGCAGAAACUAAGAGGAUUAACGAAACCUUCUUUCACUCACAGAUAAACGCCGGUAAACACACACAGCUGUUUGUUCGAUCUGCCUUCAAAACGAAACGAAUAAUCUCAAACUUAUGUCCAGUAUUGUACGUCACUCUUCGCGUGUGAUAUCAAACUUUGUUUCAAGUAUUAUAUUCUGACUUUAAUUUCUGCUUUGUAUCGAUGAUAUUUUCAUACCUUCAGUUCGUUUUCGAUUUCAGUUUUUGUGGAAAAUUACGAGGCUUUAAGUUAAAUUAUAUGUAGUCCUUUCAAGUAUCAGGUACUUUCAUUUGAAUCAAUCAGGCCAAACUUCUACGUGUUCCACUGCAAAUGAAAAAAACUAAAUUAAAAUAAAGCACCACAUAUCUCACACCUAAGAGAAAAUUUCUAUUUCUUCAUAAGUGAAUGGUAUUUAAAUAAAAGAUAGAAAUUAUCUUUCAAAAGCAUAGAUACUCCCCAAGAUUCAAAUCUAAUGCGUUGACUGUUACAUGAACCAUAUAUAAAUAUGCUGAAAUUUCCAUAAGAAUCCAUUAUCCAUAUUACUAGAAAUUCUGCUACCUAACUAAGAACUGUUUUAGGUAUUUAAAAUUAUAAAUAAUAGAAAUAAUUAAAUAUUGUGAAAGUAAUGUAACAAUCAACGUGUUAGUAUCAUCUCAAACUAAAAAAAAAGAAAUAUAUUAUUAAAUAUUAUUUAAACGCUGUAACGUGUUGUGAAAGUUACAUCACUGAUAAACGAUAUCUGAAUUUUAAAAACAUUUAAUAAAUCUUACAAUUUCUGACACCGUUACAGACGGUGAUUAAUGCAUUGAUUAAUAUAAUUAAUAUUUUGUUGCUUGAUUUGUUUUCUCAUUUUUUAAACUAAUUAUAUAUUUUUCUGCAUUUUAAUAAUUUAUCAUUUUAAGUCUCGAAUGACGGCUCAUUUCAACUCUUUAAAAUUCUAAUGAUAAGCUUUCAGAAAAUUUUAAACGAAUCUUUUUGAGUAGUAUCUACGCUUCUGACCCAUGCGACACGUUUAUCUUGUAAACCCGUGUUUUGACAUCAUUCACGUGAUUUCGUUUUGUUUUAUUAAAUUAACAUAUGUUUACUAAAACGGUAGAAAUGAAAUUAUAAACUAAUAAUUUAACCACGAAUGCUUAAGCAAAUUAUUGUAUUUUUUGUAUUUUAUUUCAGUUCUAUCAUUUCUUACAAGAUUUUAGGACAAAUAUGGUUUUAAUUAACAGAGUAGGAUUAGAGUCAGAACCCUUACUUAAUUAUACUAACUUUCUCUUUUCAAAAGAUUUCAAGUAUUAUGAAUGCAUAAACAUUCGUGGUCUGUUAAUAACAAUUUCACUGUUUGACGAUAAAAGAUGAUCCUUAUCGUUUGUACAUGUUGCAAUUUAAACAAAGAAAAAGGAUGAAAAAGAAAUAAUAUAUUUUCUUCGCAGCAUAUAAUGAUUUCUAAGGCAUAGUACUUGUAAAUAAUCGUCGAUUACAGUGUAAAAGGAAAACGACAUCGACCACAAUCUCGUUUUAUUUGUAAUAAAACUAGCGAUUUAAACUUCGCUUCAGCGGUCGGGAAGUAACGACCAUACAACUUCCGGUACUAUCUCUUACUCUCCGCCUAGAACCCAUUGUUAGCAGUUCCUGUUUAGUGCCAUGCUUGGACAAUGUUUAGCGAAUCAUUGUCAUUCCAUCAAGAUACACGACGAAUUUAAAUGAUAAGCAAAACUGUUUUAGAGUUCUAAUGGAGCUGAUUCGAUACGAGUUUCAAAAGUGUAUAGUACUCAGCAAUGUAGGCGCCUUAUAUCCAAUAAAUACUUGUAGAUUUGAAA